GGCGCCGCCGCUGCCGCUACCGGCUUUUCCCGUACUGGUCGUUGCCUCCGCUCCCGCAGCUGCCGCUGCUGCCGCCUGUGACUAGCCCCCUCCCCUUUCUUUCUUCUUUUUUAGCCUCCGUCCUCUUUCUCCGGGUGUGCGCGCGCGCGGGUGGCACGGUUGGCUUUGGCCGGAGCUCGCUCGUGUAUGCGCGUGUGUGAGUGUGCGUGUCUGGAGAGCGCUAGAGCCUUGCUCGCUCUCGGGGAGUCGAAGAAGACACAGGACCGAAGAGGCGGCGGCGGCGCGGCGCCCGGGGCCGCGCGAUGAAGCUCCCACAUGCUCGCAGCUGCCCGGCCCGGCCGGCGAGCUAAUCAGCCACCCUCCGGGCUCUGGGCUCCGCGGCCCCCGGGACGCAGCCCUCGGCUGCCCGGCGCCCGCUCCACCCGCGCGUCCCCUCUGUGCACCCGGGAAGGAGUUUGUGUGGCCCUCGCUCCAGCUCUCUGCACAGGUUGCGGGUUCGAGAGGAGACCCUCGGCGGGGAGAGAACCUCGGGAGGAGAAGGAGGAGGGUUUGGCGGAGAAGAAGCCACCCCUGGCCCUCGCGGCUCCCCCUACCUUUUCCCUCGCUCCCGCUCUCAGCCGGAAAGGGGAGGACGAGGAAGAAGAAGAAAAAGAAAGGGGGUGGGGUGGGAGAACUGGAUAUAAAGAUCGGCUGGGGGGAUGGUGGAACAUUUUUGGUCUCUCCAGCAGCGUCUUUUCUUAAGCGGCAGCGGCAGCGGGAGGAAAAGCAGCCCCAGCUAUGACUGCCGCAUGUUAAUAGCUGCCGCUUGGGUCCCUCGGCUGCUGCUGGAGACAGAGCCUGACUCCGAAGUUGUGCAACUGUGGACUGGAAGAGACAUUUGAACCCUCCACUCCCUUUGCUCCGUUUUUACCCCCUUGGUGUGUGUGAAGCGAGGAAACGUAAAGGAAGACAAACAUUUGGCUUUUGCCCCCUCCUCCCUUCCCUUUUCUUCAUGGCUGUGUAGCAGAAGAAAGGGGGAAGGAAAGACUUUUCGUUGUUUCCUUGGCUGGGGUCUCCACCCUCCUGCUGCCUUCUCUGCGCUUUGGCUAUCAUUCUUGGACACGUGCAGUGGGGGUGUCUUCGCUGGGGCCGCUCGGUCUUUUGCCCCGAGCUCCAUGGCUGGAUUGUGGAAACCACCGGGCUGCAGGUUGUUGAACAACUGAUGGGACGAUCUCAGGGACCGGCGGUUACGAAAGAAAUGUUUAAAUGUUCAGUAAAUCGGAGGAAAAAAACAUGGAUUUUUAGCAACUGAAGAGCAAAUUAAGGAUUCAGAUUUGGGAUAUUGGUGUUUCUGUUUUGAAGAAUAUUUCCUUUUGAGCUUUUUUUUUUAAUCAUCGGUCUUGGACUACAGAAGAAUCAGAAAGACACUUAUUUUGUUUCAAGUUUGGAACAGUCACUCUUGAGGCACUCUUAUGCCUGAGAACACGACCAUGUGGCCAUCACAGCUACUAGUCUUCAUGAUGCUCUUAGCACCGAUAGUUCAUGCUUUCAGCCGUGCCCCAAUUCCGAUGGCUGUGGUCCGCAGAGAGCUCUCCUGUGAGAGCUACCCCAUAGAGCUCCGCUGUCCAGGAACAGAUGUCAUCAUGAUUGAAAGUGCCAACUAUGGGAGGACUGAUGACAAAAUUUGUGACUCUGACCCUGCUCAGAUGGAGAAUAUACGAUGCUAUCUGCCUGAUGCCUAUAAGAUUAUGUCUCAAAGGUGCAAUAACAGAACCCAGUGUGCAGUGGUGGCAGGUCCCGAUGUUUUUCCAGACCCAUGUCCGGGAACCUAUAAAUACCUUGAAGUGCAGUAUGAAUGUGUCCCUUACAAAGUGGAACAAAAAGUUUUUCUUUGUCCUGGACUACUAAAAGGAGUAUACCAGAGUGAACAUUUGUUUGAGUCCGACCACCAAUCUGGGGCAUGGUGCAAAGACCCUCUGCAGGCUUCUGACAAGAUUUAUUAUAUGCCCUGGACCCCCUACAGGACUGAUACCCUGACUGAGUACUCAUCCAAGGAUGACUUCAUUGCUGGAAGGCCAACUACAACCUACAAGCUCCCUCACAGGGUGGAUGGCACAGGAUUUGUAGUGUAUGACGGAGCUUUGUUCUUCAAUAAAGAGCGCACCAGGAACAUAGUAAAGUUUGAUUUGCGGACUAGGAUAAAGAGUGGAGAGGCUAUCAUAGCAAACGCCAAUUACCAUGAUACCUCCCCUUACCGUUGGGGAGGCAAAUCUGACAUAGACCUGGCAGUGGAUGAGAAUGGGCUAUGGGUAAUCUAUGCAACAGAACAAAACAAUGGUAAAAUUGUCAUUAGUCAGUUGAACCCUUACACCCUACGGAUUGAAGGGACAUGGGAUACUGCAUAUGAUAAAAGGUCAGCUUCCAACGCAUUUAUGAUAUGUGGGAUUCUGUAUGUGGUCAAAUCUGUAUACGAGGAUGAUGACAAUGAGGCCACAGGGAAUAAGAUUGACUACAUUUACAACACCGACCAAAGUAAAGAUAGUUUGGUGGAUGUACCCUUUCCCAAUUCCUACCAGUACAUAGCAGCUGUGGAUUACAAUCCCAGGGACAACCUUCUUUAUGUAUGGAAUAACUAUCACGUCGUGAAAUAUUCUUUGGAUUUUGGACCUCUGGAUAGUAGAUCAGGACAGGCACAUCAUGGACAGGUACCAUACAUCUCUCCACCAAUUCACCUUGACUCUGAGCUAGAAAGACCCCCUGUUAGAGAUAUCUCUACCGCAGGACCUCUUGGCACGGGAAGCACCACCACCAGUACCACCCUUCGGACCACAACUUGGAGCCCAGGCAGGAGUACCACCCCAUCAGUGUCAGGAAGAAGAAACCGGAAUACCAGCACACCAUCUCCAGCAGUUGAGGUACUUGACGACAUUACCACACACCUUCCGUCAGGAUCAUCCCAAAUCCCAGCUCUAGAAGAGAGCUGUGAGGCUGUGGAAGCUCGAGAAAUCAUGUGGUUUAAGACCCGUCAAGGACAGAUGGCAAAGCAGCCGUGCCCUGCAGGAACUAUAGGAGUAUCAACUUAUCUAUGCCUGGCUCCUGAUGGAAUCUGGGAUCCCCAAGGACCAGACCUUAGCAACUGUUCUUCUCCUUGGGUCAGCCAUAUAACACAGAAGUUGAAAUCUGGAGAGACGGCUGCCAACAUUGCUAGAGAACUGGCUGAACAGACAAGAAAUCAUUUGAAUGCUGGAGAUAUCACUUACUCAGUCCGGGCCAUGGAUCAGCUGGUAGGCCUCCUAGAUGUACAGCUCCGGAACUUGACCCCAGGUGGAAAAGAUAGUGCUGCACGAAGUUUGAACAAGCUUCAGAAAAGAGAGCGCUCUUGCAGAGCCUAUGUCCAGGCAAUGGUCGAGACAGUUAACAACCUCCUCCAGCCGCAAGCCUUGAAUGCCUGGAGAGACCUGACUACAAGUGAUCAACUACGUGCAGCUACCAUGUUGCUUGACACUGUGGAGGAAAGUGCUUUUGUGCUGGCUGAUAACCUUUUGAAGACUGACAUCGUCAGGGAGAACACAGACAAUAUUCAAUUGGAAGUUGCAAGGCUGAGCACUGAAGGAAACUUAGAAGACCUAAAGUUUCCAGAAAACAUGGGUCAUGGAAGCACUAUCCAGCUCUCUGCAAAUACUCUAAAACAAAAUGGCCGAAAUGGAGAGAUCAGAGUGGCCUUUGUCCUGUAUAACAACUUGGGUCCUUAUUUGUCCACGGAGAAUGCCAGCAUGAAGUUGGGAACAGAGGCUAUGUCCACCAAUCAUUCUGUUAUCGUCAAUUCCCCAGUUAUUACAGCAGCAAUAAACAAAGAAUUCAGUAAUAAGGUUUAUUUGGCUGAUCCUGUGGUGUUCACUGUUAAACACAUCAAGCAGUCUGAGGAAAACUUCAAUCCUAACUGUUCAUUUUGGAGCUAUUCCAAGCGCACAAUGACAGGUUAUUGGUCAACCCAAGGCUGUCGGCUCCUGACAACAAAUAAGACACAUACUACAUGCUCUUGUAACCACCUAACCAAUUUUGCAGUACUGAUGGCACAUGUGGAAGUUAAGCACAGUGAUGCGGUCCAUGACCUUCUUCUGGAUGUGAUCACAUGGGUUGGAAUUUUGCUGUCCCUUGUUUGUCUCCUGAUUUGCAUCUUCACAUUUUGCUUUUUCCGUGGGCUCCAGAGUGACCGUAACACCAUCCAUAAGAACCUCUGCAUCAGCCUUUUUGUAGCAGAACUGCUCUUCUUGAUCGGGAUCAACCGAACAGAUCAACCAAUUGCCUGUGCCGUUUUUGCUGCUCUCUUACAUUUCUUCUUCUUGGCUGCCUUCACGUGGAUGUUCCUGGAGGGAGUGCAGCUGUAUAUCAUGCUGGUGGAGGUUUUUGAGAGUGAACAUUCACGAAGGAAAUACUUUUACCUGGUUGGCUAUGGGAUGCCUGCGCUCAUUGUGGCUGUGUCAGCUGCAGUAGACUAUAGGAGUUAUGGAACGGAUAAAGUAUGUUGGCUCCGACUUGACACCUACUUCAUUUGGAGUUUUAUAGGACCAGCGACCUUGAUAAUUAUGCUUAAUGUAAUCUUCCUUGGGAUUGCUUUAUAUAAAAUGUUUCAUCACACUGCCAUCCUGAAACCUGAAUCGGGCUGUCUUGAUAAUAUCAAGUCAUGGGUUAUAGGUGCAAUAGCUCUUCUCUGCCUAUUAGGACUGACCUGGGCCUUUGGACUCAUGUAUAUUAAUGAAAGCACAGUCAUCAUGGCAUAUCUCUUCACCAUUUUCAAUUCUCUACAGGGAAUGUUUAUAUUCAUUUUCCAUUGUGUCCUACAAAAGAAGGUACGAAAAGAGUAUGGGAAAUGUCUGCGAACACAUUGUUGUAGUGGCAAAAGUACAGAGAGCUCCAUUGGCUCAGGGAAAACAUCUGGUUCUCGAACUCCUGGGCGGUACUCCGCAGGCUCACAGAGCCGAAUUCGUAGGAUGUGGAAUGACACGGUCCGAAAGCAGUCAGAGUCUUCCUUCAUUACUGGAGAUAUAAACAGUUCAGCGUCACUCAACAGAGGAGCCAUGGCUAAUCAUCUUAUAAGCAAUGCUCUGCUUCGUCCGCAUGGUACUAACAAUCCCUAUAAUACAUUGCUUGGGGAACCGGCGGUCUGUAACAACCCUUCUGUCAGCAUGUACAACGCACAAGAGCCCUACAGAGAGACAAGUAUGGGAGUAAAGCUAAACAUUGCAUAUCAAAUAGGGGCUUCUGAACAAUGCCAGGGAUACAAGUGUCAUGGAUACUCUACCACUGAAUGGUAACCAUGGCAAUAGUUACAGCAUUGCCAGUGGCGAAUACUUGAGCAACUGUGUGCAAAUCAUAGACCGUGGCUAUAACCAUAACGAGACCGCCCUAGAGAAAAAGAUUCUGAAGGAACUCACUUCCAACUAUAUCCCGUCUUACCUGAAUAACCAUGAGCGCUCCAGCGAACAGAACAGGAAUUUGAUGAACAAGCUGGUGAAUAACCUGGGCAGUGGGAGUGAAGAUGAUGCCAUUGUCCUGGAUGAUGCCACCUCCUUUAACCAUGAGGAGAGUCUGGGCCUAGAACUUAUUCAUGAGGAAUCUGAUGCUCCUUUGCUGCCCCCAAGAGUUUACUCCACAGAGAACCACCAGCCACAUCAUUACACCAGAAGGCGGAUCCCCCAAGACCACAGUGAGAGCUUUUUCCCUUUGCUAACCAACGAGCACACAGAAGAUCUCCAGUCACCCCAUAGGGACUCUCUCUACACCAGCAUGCCGGCACUGGCUGGUGUGCCUGCCGCAGAGAGCGUUACCACCAGCACCCAGACCGAACCCCCACCGGCCAAAUGUGGUGAUGCCGAAGAUGUUUACUACAAAAGCAUGCCAAACCUAGGCUCCAGAAACCACAUCCAUCAGCUGCAUACCUACUACCAGCUAGGUCGCGGUAGCAGUGAUGGAUUUAUAGUUCCUCCAAACAAAGAUGGGACCCCUCCAGAGGGGAGUUCAAAAGGACCUGCUCAUUUGGUCACUAGCCUAUAGAAGAUGACAGAAAUUUAAGCCAACAAAACUGCUAACACCUGGUUGACUGUUCUGAGUUGAUAUAAGCAGUGGUAAUAAUGUGUGUACUCCUAAAUCUUUAUGCUGUUCUUAAACGACAAACACAAACUCUCAGACUUCUUUUUUUUUUUCUUUUUUCUUUUUAAACUGGGAUUUUUUUAGGUCAGCCCAGGGGAGAAAGAUAAUUGCUGAAAUUCCCCUGUGCCAGCUUCUUUCCCGUCCUUCCCCCCUCAGAUGGAGACUUCAUUAUGUUAAUGAACGAGAUUUGAAGAAAAUGGCGCUCAUUGUGGCCUUGUUGAAUUAUGUUGUGUUUGUUCUAACAUCUCUGAUGCUCUGUUACUAUAAUUACAAGGACCUGAUUUUUUAAAAGGCUAGAACACUUGUUUGAAAUUAGUAACAAUGCUGCAUCUAGAUUGGAGUGCUGCACAAACAUAAAAUCAAAGCAAACUAUCACAUAGUGGUUUUUAGUCGCUCACAGCCUGAAUUCACCACAGCGGGAAUAGCUGAGGUGUACAAAAUAAAACAACAAAAUCGAUAAUGAAAUGGAGGGGAAUUCUAGAAUUAUAUGCUAAAUGCAUAUUUUAUGAUUUGCUGUAUUAACUGAUGAUAAAACUAAUGGCAGAAAAAAAAUUUGAACAAUUCUAUGUAAUGUACAGAUACUAGCAUUGCACAUGUAGUCUGCUUUCUGUUCUUCCAGAAUUUGAGUCCUGUUAAUGUAGUGGAAAAAAGAAAUUUUCUUUUUCUUUCGUGCUGGUCUUGCAAGUUUGUCUACCAGUAAGAGAGCAAAGUUUCCUUUCUUUUUUCUUUUUUUUUUCUUUUUCUUUUUUUUUUUUUUUUUUUUUUGUUCUUUU